GCAACAAGAUCUAGAGGAGCGGUGGAAACCAGGGAAACGUAACAUUCUAUCCCCACUAGCCACCAUCUUUGACAGCUAACCAACCUGGUCAUCUCCUUAGCUCUGCUGUACUUAGUUUUAGCUACGCUGUCAGUCGGAGUCUUGUUUCGAAACAGAGGCAGAGUUGAAGUUUUGAAAAGCCAAUUUUUAAAGGAAAGUACUGUUUUCAGGAUAAAAUUUAAAAUUUCCCCGUACAGGGAUAGCUUUUAUGUUUUAAUGUGUGCUCUGCCUGAAUACAACGAGCAGAGUUGAUGCGUAAGAAGUGAAAAUGGCUGAAGGUGGGAAUGAACGCUAUUUUUAUUCUCCGUACGCACAGCAAAACUACAGCAACAUCUUCUGUUUCUGGGAAACGCAGCCAGUAGGCUGUGUGAGGAUCAGUUGCAUCUUCCAUCAUAGCAAACCUCGUAAUAUAAAUGGACUUUUUCUGCCACCUAGUAGCAAUACUGUAUUUCAACAGGAAGGCCAAGAAGGAGUUCUGAAUUCUGCCCAUAGUCAAGAGUCCCUCAGAAUUCAGGAGGCUUUUAUAAGACCGAUUCACCCUCCAGUGAUCGUAGAACUCAACAGUGAAGAGGACGAUGAAGACGAGGAUGAAGACGAGGAUGAAGACAACAGGAAUAGUAUUGUUGUGGAAAGGACUGCUGAAGACAUUGAAGAGGAAAGAGCAAUAAGGGAAAUGUGCCAUAGAUCUGGAGAAUAUUAUAGGAUUCAGUACCCUCAGGAACACCAGUCAACAGAAAUGUUAUCUCCACCUCCACCUUUGGAAAAUGAGCAAUUACCAAUGGAAACUGUCGAGAAUGAUUUGUGGAAAGGUGACAGUAAUACAAUUCCUACAAAAAUUAAUAAUGUGGAAAGAGAGAGAGAGACUUCAGGAAGGAAAGUAUCGGUGCAGUGUAUUAGCAGAACACAUAAUAAAUCCUAUGAAAAUGAAGGGGGUGAUUAUUUUGCAGCACAGAGAAAUAAAUACGUUAAUGGGAAAAGAAGUGAGGUACUACCUUUUGAAAGAACACCAGCUGCAUCAAAGUACUCAAAUGUAAAAGCAACAAACAACUCUGAACGGGUGAAGAAAUACCACUUUAAGGGAGUAAAGAAAAAGAAAUGGAUUUCUGAGGAGCAACGAAACUCACCUAAUACAGGAACAGGCAAAGGAAUUCCCACUUCAUACUCGAAAGUUACAACAAAUUACCAACGAAAUUAUCAAAGGAAGGAUAAUGAAACUCCUUCUUCUGUUCGUUCUGUGAGACAGACUGAAAGAAACACUUACUUCAAUUCUGCAGAACCUCGAAGAUCAGCAUAUGUGUUCUACCGUAAUUCCAGAGUAAUACAGGAACCAAUGUUUAAUGGGUAUACAGACAAAUAUUAUUCAGGAUCUUACAAUGCACCAACUUGGAGGAAAAGAAAUCCACACGCCAAGACAUUCUCUAAGUUUAAAACAACCGUUCAGAGCCAAGCGGAUAUGGAGAUGAAGAAAAAAGGAGAAUGAUUUAUAUGCAGCAGAAAGAUAUGAAGCCAAACUGGACCCCAAAAUGAUAAACUGAGAUACAGGAAAUGCACUCUAACGUUCAAGAAUGAUAAAAAUGUAUAUUAAAAGUAUGUUCUGUAUGUGCACCAAGAAAGAUCUUCAGUCUGCUCACAAAUUUUAACCUGCUUUGAAAAUUUGACACUUGAAACUAUUUCUUUACAGACUUGGUCUAUAUGCUGGAGGACUGAUAGUAAAAGAUCCUUAAGUCUUCCCCUAUUUUGUUAGAUAGAUGCUUUAAUACAUAAUUAUUAAUAUGAAUAGAUAUUACUAGUUGUACUUGGCAGUUUCAUAGCACUUUGGAUGUAAGCAGCAGUACUGAUGCAUUCUAGAUGUCUGUGUGGCUGUGAAAGCCAGGUUCAUAGAUGACAUAAUUGCUUGCUUGUUUUUUGGUGGUUCAGUCUGAGUUUGACCUUGAUAUUUUACCAUUUUUGCAAGAAUUACCUGAAAUAUGUCUCUACACAUAUUUUAAACAAAUGUGUAAAAGAUUUGAUAUAGAGAUUUUAAUAUUGCUUUCUGAAAAAACAACCUCAGUGUUUGUAAUGAAUGAUACCUUUCUGAUAUUUCCCCUAGAGGGCACAGAUUUGUUUUAACAUCUUUUCUUCAUUUCAGUGAUCUUUGUUGUUGUUCUGUAUGAUGGAUCACUUUGGUUUCUUACUUGUAAAUGGAGAGAAUGGGAUUUGAUCACCUUCAUUCUAUGAUUGGUGCAAUAAAUCAAACAUUAAACGGCAACGUAUGAAAAUAUAUUGACUGCCACACCAGAAGGCAUUCAUUCUGGUGUAGGCACAAAGUAGAGCCCAAAAGAGGAUAUUUAGAAGAUGAAGUCAAAGUAGCUUUCAAUACUGAAAACUGCAUUGCCAGGUAACAGAAACAGUUGUGUUUCAAACAGAGUUAAGAAAAAGUGGACCAGGCAGAGAAUUAUCUGCUUUAUAUAGAAUACUGGUCAGUAGCCAAGGAUGUGUCUAGUACUGAAUAGUUACAUAUAUAUGAAAGGUGGUGGUAAUGUUUUCACUUUAAUAGCUUUUAGAAAUUUAAUUUUUAAUAAGAUGAGUGUUAAAAAUGCUGUAAUUAUUGCAGUUGAGCGUUGCUUUCCUUAACUGAGAAUAUGGAUUGUCUAUUUUAGCUGAGAUACUGAAAAUGUAAAAGACACGAGACAUCUUUUUAAAAUCAAUUGCUAAGUGUACUGAAAAUGUCUCCCUCUCUCUAAUUAAACACUGGUUUUUCAAAUUGCAGCACACUGUGCCUUGCAGUGACAUUUUGUGUGUUGUCUGCCUGAGGCAUCUAAAAAUCUUGAUUUGGAGGGCUCUUCUGCCCAGCUAUUUUUUAACACCAUAUAAAAUACUUUUCUUCUCCAUUUUCCCAGCUAUCUAAAUGUAAAUCUUACCUCUAGUGAUUGUCCAAUCUCUCUGUAGUUUACAGUAUUAUACUGAACAGGACAAUAAAUUGAGCAUGGCUCGAUUAUUACUCUGGUCUGUUCUCUUCUUUUCCCAUUUAGUUAAAAAGGGUUUCAAUAUUUAACUCGUACAAUUUCAUGUUUUUACUUUUUGUUUGGCUCUGAGAGCAGUAGACCAAAGUUCCUGCUAUAGCUUAACAGUUUUAUUUUGCAGGGCAGUUUAUACUGUUUGCUUGUUCAGGUGUUAAGACUAUUGAUUUUCCUUAUCAAUGUACAAGAAGUGGAAUUUGGAGAUGUUAUUGCAAUUAGUAACAAUCUUUUUGCCAGAACUCACUCAAAACUACUAGAAAGAACAGAUGGGGAUAAAAUUUGAAUGUUUCCCAGUGUUCCAGCAUUACGUAAUGACAGAGUGGGCAGUGCAACAGUUUUAGACUUCCCUGGUAAAUUCAUAUUUAAUGACACAUGUUGGGAGCACUGAAUGGUGUGGAAAAAAAAAGUCUCUAUAGCUGAUAGAAUUUGGGUUUGAAGCAGUAAUGAAGUAACCUCCCAGUCUCCAAAUUUAUGAACAGUGAAGUUGGUUUAUUGCUAUUCAAAUAUAUACGGUGAAAUCGAAUGAGAAAUCAUUCUGACAUCUGAAAACAUAAAUAUUCCACUUGAUUCUCUCAAUUAAUCGUAUUUAAACCAAUGGAGCUCUGUUAAUCUGUGCAUUUAUUAUAGCGCUGAGCUAACAUGAGAGGAAAUAAGUCUUAGCCCUGUUGUAUUUUACUGGGUGUAGAAACAACCAGUAAACAAAAGGCAAGCAGGUUAGAGGAGUUUAAUGGUGAGCCACCUGCAGCAGAGGCUGUGCUUUAAUGUACGGUGUUGUUACUACAGUCUGUUUAAAACACAGUGUUUGUAUAUUUGUAAGAAUCAAAUAAAUCCACCUAAUAAAAAUGAA